UCUGCUGCCACCGCCUCCACCACCGUUGCCAUCAUGUGCGACUGCUUCCACCUGGCCUUCCCCAACUGGCACGCCGCCUCCUCCGGGACGGGAGCUGGUCGAAGGCUGAGGGCACCAGAGCCGGGUACAGAGGACGAUUCGGUAUGUGACGAGCCAUCUCAGUUCACAGAGGGAGAGAGACCACGCCCUCAAGGAUCGUCCCCGGUCGAGGAGUAUCCUGAAACUGAAAAAUACACAGACAGUGACAAAGAGUGUGAAGCGGAGCAUGACCCACACCACAAAAGUGGGAGUGGAAAGAGAACUAAAAAGUCUGGGCUUGGGUCCAUGUUUGAAAAGCGCUCAACUCCAAAGAUGAGUAAACUGAAGGAAGUUCCCAGCCCCGAGUCUGGGGUAAUAGUGAAAACUGCCAAAGAUGGAUGUGCAGAGGGUCUCAUUUAUGGUGGAGGGGGAAAAGAAGGGAUCUUCAUUAAGGAAGUGGUACCAGAGUCCCCUGCAUCAAAGAGUCUGAAACUUAAAGAAGGUGAUCAGGUUCUGAGUGCCACAGUGUAUUUUGACAACGUGUCAUACGAAGAUGCCAUUCAGAUUCUGGAGCACGCUCAGGCGUACAAAGUGAAGCUCUGCUUGAAACGCAAACCAGAUAUCACAGAGACUGAAUCAGCCAUUGAAUCUGACGUCAUCCCUGAGGAAGACAUCUAUGCUCCAGAGAUGAGGGAGCAAGGAAAAACAAAAAGGCGCGGUGAUGCUCGCAUUUCAUGGCCUAAGUUUCCCUCUUUUGGAAAAGGACGGAAGUCCCGCUUUACAAGGUCUCACAGUUCCUCAGAGGCUGAUGAGCAGAGAAAGCUUGAGCUGAGCCCCACCACAAGUGACACAGAGUCACCUAUAAAAUCUCAGGAUGCACAGAAAGGCAAGAAGAGGCAUAAAAUAAAGCUUUCUCUUCUGACAAAGAGAGGCCGCAUAAGUUCAUCUGAAGACCAGGACACAGAUACACCAACAACUGGGCAGAUCAUCCAGACACAUGAUGCAUCAGACAUGCUUUCACCUGAGUGCCUUGAAAGCCCCUCGGGAGAAACACCUGAAAUCUAUGUGACAGGGGAUCGGAAAGUAGUGGAAGACUUAAGACUUGGGCAAAAUGAUCAAAAACUGACUGAACCUCAAACUGUUCAACACAAGGUUGAACUCAUAACUAUAGAUAGCACUUUGAAAACAGAAGAUCUAACUGUGGCUCUGGCAGAUAAAGACAGCUCCUCGGGUAUCAAGUCCCCUGAUGGCAAGAAAAAGAAGAAAGAACGUUCUGAAUUAAAAAUUAAAAUUUUGGGGAAGGAUAAAGGGCACAAGAAAGAUGCAAAAGCAAAAUCCUCACCGAAGAGGCUGAAAACGCUCGGGGCAAGUAUUGAAAUACCAGAUCAACCUGAAAAAUCAGCUGCCAUCCCAAGUUCUGAGUCGCACACAAAACUACAGGAUCAACUAGCACCUGAUGAUAAUACCCGAAUCAUCAGCAGUGAGAGUUCAAGGGUAAUCUCAGCAAAAUCAGUGACAACACAGAUGGAAAUGAGUGUUCCGAAGGUGGAACUUGAUAUACCCGAUGUCUCCUUCAUACGGAAAUCUCCACAGAAAGGUGAACAAAAAAUGAAGGACAUUAAACAAGAAACAAAGACAGGUCCAACAUUCAAACUACCUAGAAUAGGCUUGGGUGACCUUGCCACUGAGGAAACUAUACAAAAAAUGAAUGUGAAUGUUGAAGAAUGCACGACUAAAAUGAAGCAGCUGACAACUGAGGGUACAGAAGUGAAAGAAGACCCUUAUGAGCGACUGUCAAAAAGCAGCUUUUCCAGAAUAGAACUUCCCAAACGUGAAGAAAUUGAAAUUCCAGGUAUGGAGGACAUGUCUAGGAGGACCACAGCCAGAGGAAUUAAAGAGCCUAAAGCUGGUUUCACGGGACAUUAUGAAGAAAUUCAAGCCGAAGCUGUACAAAUGUCAAUUGAUGUUGACAGCGUGAAAGAGGCAGUAUCAAAAUUGCCUGGAUUUAAGCUACCUAAGGUUGACACGUCAGGAGUGCCUAUUCCUGAAGAAAUUAUUGUGAUAGACGCAAAUGCACAAAGAAUAUCAGUGAAAACGCCUACUAAAGUAGUAGAUACCAAAACAAAAUAUGAGACACACUUCAUUACAUUUGAUACAACUGCCUCUCCAGAAAUCUCCAAGACAACAGUAAAACUACCAAAAAUCCCACCUGCUUUAACCUCAGAGGAACUUUUAAUCGAGACCCAGGUAGAUUUAAAGAAACCCGAAAAGAAAUCAAAAACUAACGCAAAACAAAGUGACAAAGAAAUUAAAACUGAGGUUUAUAAACGAGAAGAUAUUAUAAUACCUGGAAAAGAAAGUGCACCAGAAGUCGCCAUUAUUCAGGCACAAGACACAGAGGGCAUCAAAUCGGACUAUGACACUGCAGCUACACUGAGCCCAAAAGAAUCUGAGAAGAAAUCAAAGAAGGCAAAGAUAACAGCUAGCUUUGGGAUUGCAAAACCAGACAUUAAAAUCCCUGACAUUGGAAUUGACUUACCAAAACAAAAUAUCUAUGAGCGAAAAGUGGAUGGCGUAAAAGGAGAGAAAACUGAAGCAAGAAAAGGCAAAGGCCAAACUGGAGGAGUCAUAUCUGAUGUCAAAAUACCUGAAAUUGACGGCAUUGAAUACAUUGAUUCAGUAGGUGGUUCACCAAACAAAAAGGAUGGUGGCAGCUGGAUUGCAGGUUUUGGUUUUAGUCUUGAUGCUACAAAGCCAAAUGCUAACAUCUCCUUUCCAGACGUCAGAGAUGAAUUAGAAGAUGUCAGUGUAAAUGUCCCUGAUGUAGAUAAGGAUAUACAUAUUGAUGGGGCAGAGAUACAAACAUUGGAAAGAGAGGGAAAAGUUAGCAAGUUUAAAAUGCCAAACCUAGGCAUCUCCAUACCAAAGGUAAAAGGACCUAAAAUGGAUUUAAGCCUAUCAAAAAAAGAUGUAGAUGUCACACUACCAGAAACUAAAGCUGAGGUCAGACUCCCAGAAGUGCCUGAGGUUGAUGUUACCCUUGGGAAUGUUACUAUUACAGAGCAAAAGAUGGAGGUAGAAAAACCUGAAUUUGAAAUCAAACCUAUGAUGAGGGAAGGUGAACUUGAUGGACAAGGAGGCAAAUUCAAAAUGCCAAAACUUGGUAUCAAAAUGCCAAAAAUGAAAGGACCUGAAUUUGAUUUAAGCAUAUCAAAGAAAGACAUUGAUGUCAAACAAACAGAUGCUAAAGCUGAAGGGAAAAUCCCCAAAGCUCCUGAGAUUGACGUUACUUUUGGAAGUGUAGAUGCCUCUAUUCCACAACAAAAGAUGAAGGUCAAAACUCCUGAAUUGGAAAACAAACCUCUGCAGACUGAUGGUGAACUUGAUGGACAAGGAAGCAGGUUCAAAAUGCCAAAGUUGGGAAUCGCAAUGCCGAAAGUAAAAGGGCCUGAAAUGGAUUUCAGCUUAUCUAAGAAAGACGUAGAUGUGACGCUACCAGAAGCCAAAGCAGAAGUCAAACUCCCUGAUGUUGAACUAAAAGAACACACUGCUAAAGUAGAAAUCAAAGCUCCUGAAUUUAAAGGUGCAGAAAAGGAUGUUGAAGGAUCACCAUCAAAAUUUAAGAUGCCAUCAUUCAAACUACCAAAAUUUGGUGUUGGUACUCCACACGUCUCUGUUAAAGUACCUGAUAUGGACAAAGAUGUAAAAAUCGAUGGAGCUGACAUUAAUAUCCCUGAAGAGCAGUCUGCGGUUAACAUUGCAUCACCCGAGGUUGACAUUGAGGGCUCCUCAAUAGAUAUGAAAACUAUAGGAACUGAACAGGAUGGAAAAGGAGGCAAGUUUAAAAUGCCACAUCUUGGUUUCUCUAUGCCAAAGGUGAAAGGACCAAAAAUUGAUUUAAGCCUACCAAAGAAAGAUCUAGAUGUGACAUUACCAGAGGCUAAAGCUGAUGUCAAACUUCCAGAGGCCCCUAAAAUUGCUGUGGAGAUGAAAUCACCAGAAUGUGAAGCAGAAAUGGAUGGUCAUGAUGGGAAGAUUAAAAUACCAAAGUUUGAAGUCAAAAUGCCAAAAGUAAAAGGGCCAGAAUUUGAUUUAAGAUCAUCAAAGAAAGAUGUAGAUGUCAAAUUACCAGAGACCAAGGCUGAUGUCAAACUUCCAGAGGUUGAUCUAGGAAAAGUAGAUGUUUCAAUUCCAAAGGCCAAGAUGGAGGUUCAAAGCCCUGAACUGGAAAUGCAGUCCUUGCAGACUGAUGGUGAACUUGAUGGACAAGGAGAAAGGUUCAAAAUGCCAAAGUUUGGAAUCAAAAUGCCAAAGGUAAAAGGGCCAGAGUUUGACUUGAGUUUAUCAAAGAAAGACAUGGAUGUGACAUUGCCACAGACAAAAGCUGAGGUCAAACUCCCAGAUGCCCCUAAGAUUGAUGUCAGUCUUGGAAAAGCAGAAGUUUUGACUCUAGAUGCAAAGGCAGAAGUUGAAAAACCUGAACUGAAAAUGAAAUCUUUGCGGACUGAAGUUGAAGGACAAGGAAGCAAGUUCAAAAUGCCAAAGUUUGGUAUGGCAAUGCCAAAGGUAAAAGGACCUGAAUUUCAUCUAGGCUUCUCAAAGAAAGAUGUUGAUGUGACACUACCAGAAGCCAAAGUAGAUGUCAACCUCCCUGAUGUUGAACUAAAAGAACCGUCAGCUAAAGUAGAAAUUAAAGCUCCUGACAUUGCCAAGGUGGAAGUUAAAAAACCUGAAGUGGAAAUCAAACCUUUGCAGACUGAUGUUGAACUUGAAGGACAAGGAGGAAAGUUCAAAAUGCCAAAGUUUGGAAUAACAAUGCCAAAAGUAAAAGGGCCUGAAAUUGAUUUAAGCUUCUCAAAGAAAGAUGUAGCUGUGAUACUACCAGAGGCAAAAGCUGAGGUUGAACUCCCAGAAGCUCCUAAAAUUGCUAUGGAUAUGAAACCACCAGAGUGUGAGGCAGAAAUUGAUGGACAAGGAAGCAGAUUUAAAAUGCCAAAGUUUGGAAUCACAAUGCCAAAGGUAAAAGGGCCUGAAAUUGAUCUAAGCCUCUCCAAGAAAGAUGUAGAUGUGACACUACCAGAAGCUAAAGCUGAGGUCAAACUCCCAGAAGCUCCCAAAAUUGCUAUGGAAAUGAAACCACCAGAGUGUGAGGCAGAAAUUGAUGGACAAGGAAGCAAGUUUAAAAUGCCAAAGUUUGGAAUCACAAUGCCAAAAGUAAAAGGACCUGAAAUUGAUUUAAGCUUCUCAAAGAAAGAUGUGGAUGUGACACUUCCAGAAGCCAAAGCUGAAGUCAAACUCCCCGAUGCUGAACUUAAAGAACCUUCUGCUAAAGUGGAAAUUAAACUUCCUGAGACUGAAGCUCAGUUAGGUCAUGUGGAAGGAUCGGCAUCAAAAUUUAAACUGCCAACAUUCAAAUUCCCUAAAUUUGGAGCUGCCACUCCAAAUGUCAGUGCGGAAGUAUCUGAUAUGGACAUAAAAGUUGAGGGAGCUGGUAUGAACAUAGAUGGAGCAACAGUUGCAGCACAGAAUAUUGAUAUUGAGGCUCCUUCUCUCGAUGUGAAAAUGACAGGAACUGAAGGCAAGGGAAAAGAAAGCAAGUUUAAGGUGCCAAAGUUUGGGAUAUCACUGCCGAAAGUACAAGGGCCUGAAAUUGAUGUCAAUUUUUCUAAGAAAGAUGUCAAAUUACCGGAGGCUAAGGCAGAGGUUAAACUCCCAGAAACACCUGAAAUUGACAUUAAUCUUGGAAAAGUAGAUGUUUCAAUUCCAGAAGCAAAGCUGGAGGUUAAAAAACCUGAACUGGAAAUGAAACCCUUACAGUCUGAAGGUGAACUUGGCGGGGAAGGAAGCAAGUUCAAAAUGCCAAAGUUCGGAAUGUCAAUGCCAAAAGUAAAAGGACCUGAAAUUGAUGUCAGUUUAUCAAAGAAAGAUGUAGAAAUCACACUACCAGAAGCCAAAGCAGAUGUCAAUCUGCCUGAUGUUGAACUGAAAGAACCUUCUGCUAAAGUGGAAAUGAAGGCUUCUGAAAUUGAAGCUCAAUUACACAGUGUGAAAGGAUCACCUUCAAAAUUUAAAAUGCCAACAUUCAAAUUUCCCAAAUUUGGAGUUGCAGCACCAACCGUCAGCACUGAAGUACCUGAUAUAGACAAAGAAAUCAAAAUUGAUGGAGCUGACAUGCACAUAUCUGUGCCACAAACAGAUGUUGAUGUACAAGAAAUUAAGACAGAGAUCUCUCUGCCAGAGGCUGAAGUCAAAGAGCCUUCAGGUGGUGUUGUGAUAGACCAACCAGGUGUGGAGGUGGAUGCAAAACUGAAAAAGCGAAGGUUUUCACUGCCAAGAUUUUCUUUUUCAAAAUCAAGUGUUAAGUCCCCAGAAGUUGAUGUCAGUCUUCCAGAUGUGAAUGCUGCAAUUCCAGAGGGAAAGGUGGAAGUGAAAGGAGGGGACGUGGAUACGAAACUACCAGAGUGUGAAGCAGAACUUGAUGGGCAAGGAAGCAAGUUUAAAAUGCCAAAAUUUGGAAUCACAAUGCCAAAGGUAACAGGUCCUGAAAUUGAUAUCAGCUUUACAAAGAAAGAUGUUGACGUGACACUACCAGAAGCCAAAGCUGAGGUCAAGCUCCCUGACACUGAACUGAAAGAACCUUCUGCUGAAGUGGAAAUCAAAGCUCCUGAGUUCAAAGUUGUGACGAAGGAUACAGAAGCAUCACCAUCAAAAUUUAAGAUGCCAACAUUCAAAUUACCAAAAUUUGGAGUUGGUAUGCCAAGUGCCGACAUAGAAGUUCCCGACACGAACAAAGAUGUCACAAUUGAUGGAGCUGACAUUAAAAUUCCUGAAGAGGUUCACACAGUUGAAAUUGUAGCACCCAGCAUUGACACUGAAGGACCAUCAAUAGAUAUGAAAACUAAAGGAACUGAACAUGAAGGAAAAGGAACUAAGUUUAAAAUGCCAAAGUUUGGAAUCACAAUGCCAAAGGUUACAGGUCCUGAAUUUGAUUUAAGCUUAUCAAAGAAAGAUGUUGAUGUGUCAAUACCAGAAGCUGAAGCUGAAGUCAAAGUCCCUGAUGCUGAACUGAAACAACCCUCUGCUGCAGUGGAAAUCAAAGCUCCUGAGUUCAAGGUUGUAACAAAGGAUACAGGAGGAUCACCAUCAAAAUUUAAGAUGCCGACAUUCAAAUUACCAAAAUUUGGGUCUCCUAGUGCCACUGUUGAAAUGCCUGAUGCGGACAAAGACAUCAAAAUCGAUGGAGCUGACAUUAAAAUUCCUGAAGAGGUUCUCACAGUUGAAAUUGCAGCACCCAGCAUUGACACUGAAGGCCCAUCAAUAGAUAUGAAAACUACAGGAACUGAACAUGAAGGAAAAGGAAGCAAGUUUAAAAUGCCAAGUCUCGGUUUUUCUGUGCAUAAAGUCAAACAGCCUGACACUGAUUUAAGCUUAUCAAAGAAAGAUGUAGAUGUGACACUACCAGAAGCCAAAGCUGAUGUUAAACUCCCUGAUGUUGAACUAAAAGAAUCUUCAGCCAAAGUGGAAAUGAAAGCUCCUGAAAUUGAUGUUCAGGCGGGUUAUGUUGAAGGAUCACCAUCAAAAUUUAAAAUGCCAACAUUCAAAUUACCCAAAUUUGGAGCUGCUACUUCACAGGUCAGUGUAGAAGUACCUGAUUCGGACAAAGACAUUACAGUUACAGUGGAUGGAGCAGACUUAAAAUUACCACAAACAAAAGCUGAAGUCAAACUUCCUGAUGUUGAAGUCAAAGAGCCUGUGGGUUCAAUUUUAUUAUCACCAGUGACAGAGGGUGAUGCCAAGUUGAAAAAGCCAAGGUUUUCAUUACCCAAAUUUUCAUUUUCAAAGCAAAGUACAAAAGAAACUGGAGUUGAUGUCAGUCUCCCAGGCGUUGAUGUUUCUCUUCCAGAAGUAAAUGUGGAAGUCAAACAACCAGAGGUGGAGCUUAAGCCACCAGAAGGUGAUGUAGAAUUAGAUGGACAGGGAAGCAAGUUUAAAAUGCCAAAGUUCGGCAUCUCAAUGCCCAAAGUUAAAGGACCUGAAAUCGAUUUGAGCUUGUCGAAGAAAGAUGUUGAUGUCACACUCCCAGAAGCCAAAGCUGAAAUGAAACCUCCCGAUGUUGAAAUAAAACAACCGUCUGCCAAAGUGGAAAUCAAAGCUCCUGAGAUAGAAGCUCAAACAGGUUAUGUUGAAGGAUCACCAUCAAAACUUAAAAUGCCGACAUUUACAUUACCCAAAUUUGGAACAGCUACUCCAAAGGUCAGUGUGGAAGUGCCUGAUGUAGACAAAGACAUUAAGAUUGAUGGAGAAAAGAUGGAAGUAACUAAAGAAGGGGCUACAGUGGUUGUCACAGCACCCAGCAUUGACACUGAAGGCCUGUCUGUAGAUGUGAAAGCUACAGGAGGUGAAAUUGAGGGAGCAGGAAGCAAGUUUAAAAUGCCAAAGUUCGGCAUCUCGAUACCAAAAGUUAAAGGACCUGAAAUUGAUUUAAGUUUAACAAAGAAAGAUGCAGAUGCCACACUCCCAGAAGUUAAAGCUGAGGUAAAACUGCCAGAUGUUCAAAUCAAAGAACCUGAAGUUGCCAUUUCAGUACCAGAUGCUCCUGCAGUUGAGGCUGAAGCCAAGAUGAAACGACCAAACUGGACAUUUCCCAAAUUUUCAUUUUCAAGGACAGGUGGUAAAGCCCCUCAGGUUGAUGUUGAACUUGAAAAACCAAAAGUUGAUGUUACAUCACCUGAGGCCAAAGCAGAGGUCUGUCUACCAGAUGUUGAAGUCCAAGGACCUUUGGGGUCUAUUUCAAUGGAAGCGCCACCUGCUGCAGAACUUGAUGCAAACUUGAAAAAGACAAAAUUUUCACUUCCCAAAUUUUCGUUUUCAAAAUCAGGUGUUAAAGAACCUGAUGUCAGUACUGAACUUCCAAAUGUUGAUGUUUCUCUUCCGGAAGUAAAUGUGGAAGUUAAAAAAACAGAUGUGGAACUUAAGCCACCAGAGGGUGAUGUAGAAUUACAUCUGCAAGAAAGCAAGUUUAAGAUGCCAAAGUUUGGCAUCUCAAUACCUAAAGUGAAAGGGCCUGAAAUUGAUUUAAGCUUAUCAAAGAAAGGUGUUGAUGUCACACUCCCAGAAGCCGAAGUUGAAGUUCAACAUACAGAUGUUAAAAUAAAACAACCGUCUGCUAAAGGGGAAAUUAAAGCUCCUGAAAUUGAAGCUCAAGCAGGUAUUGUUGAAGGAUCACCCUCAAAACUUAAAAUGCCAACAUUCACAUUACCCAAAUUUGGAGCAGCUACUCCAAAGGUCAGUGUGGAAGUACCUAAUAUGGACAAAGAUAUCAAAAUUGAUGGAGCAACGCUGGCAGUAGCAAAAGAGGGAGCAAAAGUGGAUGUCGCAGCACCCAGCAUUGACACUGAAGGCCUGUCUGUAGAUGUAAAAGCUAAAGGAGGUGAACUUGAGGGAGCAGGAAGCAAAUUUAAAAUGCCAAGUUUUGGCAUCUCAAUGCCCAAAGUUAAAGGACCUGAAAUUGAUUUAAGUUUAUCAAAGAGGGAUACAGAUAUCAAAUUACCAAAGGCCAAAACUGAAGUCAAACUCCCUGAUGUUGAACUGAAAGAACCUUCUGCUGAAGUGGAAAUCAAAGCUCCUGAGUUCAAGGUUGUGACAAAGGAUACAGGAGGAUCACCAUCAAAAUUUAAGAUGCCAACAUUCAAAUUACCAAAAUUUGGGUCUCCUAGUGCGACUGUAGAAAUGCCUGAUGCGGACAAAGGCAUCAAAAUCGAUGGAGCUGACAUUAAAAUUCCUGAAGAGGUUCUCACAGUUGAAAUUGCAGCACCCAGCAUUGACACUGAAGGCCCAUCAAUAGAUAUGAAAACUACAGGAACUGAACAUGAAGGAAAAGGAAGCAAGUUUAAAAUGCCAAGUCUCGGUUUUUCUGUGCAUAAAGUCAAACAGCCUGACACUGAUUUAAGCUUAUCAAAGAAAGAUGUAGAUGUGACACUACCAGAAGCCAAAGCUGAUGUUAAACUCCCUGAUGUUGAACUAAAAGAAUCUUCAGCCAAAGUGGAAAUGAAAGCUCCUGAAAUUGAUGUUCAGGCAGGUCAUGUUGAAGGAUCACCAUCAAAAUUUAAAAUGCCAACAUUCAAAUUACCCAAAUUUGGAGCUGCUACUUCACAGGUCAGUGUAGAAGUACCUGAUUCGGACAAAGACAUUACAGUUACAGUGGAUGGAGCAGACUUAAAAUUACCACAAACAAAAGCUGAAGUCAAACUUCCUGAUGUUGAAGUCAAAGAGCCUGUGGGUUCAAUUUUAUUAUCACCAGUGACAGAGGGUGAUGCCAAGUUGAAAAAGCCAAGGUUUUCAUUACCCAAAUUUUCAUUUUCAAAGCAAAGUACAAAAGAAACUGGAGUUGAUGUCAGUCUCCCAGGCGUUGAUGUUUCUCUUCCAGAAGUAAAUGUGGAAGUCAAACAACCAGAGGUGGAGCUUAAGCCACCAGAAGGUGAUGUAGAAUUAGAUGGACAGGGAAGCAAGUUUAAAAUGCCAAAGUUUGGCAUCUCAAUACCAAAAGUGAAAGGGCCUGAAAUUGAUUUGAGCUUAUCAAAGAAAGAUGUUGAUGUCACACUCCCAGAAGUCAAAGCUGAAAUUAAACCUCUGGAUGUUAAAAUUAAACAACCGUCUGCCAAAGUGGAAAUUAAAGCUCCUGAGAUUGAAGCUCCAAAAGGUAAUGUUGAAGGAUCACCAUCAAAACUCAAAAUGCCAACAUUCACAUUACCCAAAUUUGGAGCAGCCACUCCAAAGGUCAGUGUGGAAGUGCCUGAUGUAGACAAAGACAUUAAAAUUGAUGGAACAAAGCCCGAAGCACCUACAGUGGGAGCUAAAGUGGAUGUCACAGUACCCAGCAUUGACACUGAAGGCAUGUCGGUAGAUGUAAAAGCUAAAGGAAGUGAAAUUGAAGGAUCAGGAAGCAAAUUUAAAAUGCCAAAGUUUGGCAUCUCAAUGCCCAAAGUUAAAGGACCUGAAAUCGAUUUGAGCAUGUCGAAGAAAGAUGUUGAUGUCACACUCCCAGAAGCCAAAGCUGAAAUUAAAGCUCCGGAGAUAGAAGCUCAAACAGGUUAUGUUGAAGGAUCACCAUCAAAACUUAAAAUGCCAACAUUCACAUUACCCAAAUUUGGAACAGCUACUCCAAAGGUCAGUGUGGAAGUACCUGAUGUAGACAAAGACAUUAAGAUUGAUGGAGAAAAGAUGGAAGUAACUAAAGCAGGGGCUACAGUGGUUGUCACAGCACCCAGCAUUGACACUGAAGGCCUGUCUGUAGAUGUGAAAGCUAAAGGAGGUGAACUUGAGGGAGCAGGAAGCAAAUUUAAAAUGCCAAGUUUUGGCAUCUCCAUGCCCAAAGUUAAAGGACCUGAAAUUGAUUUAAGUUUAACAAAGAAGGAUGUAGACAUCACAUUACCAGAAGUUAAAGCUGAGGUAAAACUGCCAGAUGUUGAAGUCAAAGAACCUGAAGUUGCCAUUUCAGUACCAGAUGCACCUGCAGUUGAGGCUGAAGCCAAGAUGAAACGACCAAACUGGACAUUUCCCAAAUUUUCAUUUUCAAGGACAGGUGGUAAAAGCCCUGAUGUCGAUGUCAACCUUGAAACACCCAAAGUUGAUGUUACAUCACCCGAGGUCAAAGCAGAAGUCUGCCUACCAGAUAUUGAAGUCCAAGGACCGUCUGGGUCAAUGGAAGAGCCACCUGCUGCAGAACUUGAUGCAAACUUGAAAAAGACUAAAUUUUCGCUUCCCAAAUUUUCUUUUUCAAAGUCAGGUGUUAAAGAACCUGAAUUCAGUACCGAGCUCCCACAUGUUGACGUUUCUCUUCCAGAGGGAGAAGUGAAAGUCAAACAACCUGAAAUGGAAAUUAAAGCUCCUGAGCUUGAUGCUGAACAUGAUGGGCAAGGAAGCAAGUUUAAAUUGCCAAAGUUUGGCAUCACACUACCAAAAGCAAAAGGUCCUGAAGGAGAUUUAUCACAGAAAGAUGUAGACAUCACACUGCCAGAAAUCAAAGCAGAGGUAAAAGUCCCUGAAGCUGGAGUCAAAUCUUCAGCUAGUGUUGAAAUUAAAGCUGGAGAGACUGAAACUAAGUCAAAAGAUGUUGGAGGAUCACCAUCAAAAUUUAAAAAACCAACAAUUAAAAUGCCGAAAAUUGGAGGUGCUACUCAUGAUGUCACAGUAGAAGCACCUGAACUUAAGGAGGAUGUUUCUGUCAACAUCAAAGGUCUAACUGUUGAUAUUAAAACUGAUGUGUCCAAAGCAGCUACAACAGAUACUGAAACACCAAAGACUGAGACUGACACUGCGAGUCUUGGCUCUCCAAGUAAAUUCAAACUACCAUCAUUUAAAAUGCCAAAGCUGAGUUUCUCAAGAUCCAAACCUGAAGAUGGAUAUUCACCUGUUGAAACUGAAUACAAAGAUGAUAAGCUGGAAAUGGAAGUUGAGCCAAAAGGAGAGAUUAAAUCACCAAAAAUGUCUCUGACAUCAUUUGGUGAGAUUCUCAAGAAUAUUGACGUUGAAUUUGACGUUUCAAAAAAUCUUGAAACCUCAAAGGAAGUUCAUGAAAGAGAUGAACCCAGUGAAAAGCAAUUAGAGGCAAAGGAAAAGGAAACAAAUACCAAGCAAGAUACUACCAAAAGUCCUGAGAAGACAGGUUGGUUUAAAUUCCCCAAGUUUGGACUGUCUUCCCCAACAGAACCUGCCAAGAUAUCUGAAAAAGACCGGCACAAGGAUGAGAAGAGCCCUGUAGCGGAAUCGGUGGAUGAGGAAAUAAGCCCCACCUGUUCUGUCCAGUCGUCAGAUGCCUUUGCUGAUAUUAGCUCUGCAAUGACAAGUGAGCAUCUUGGCCUGUCCUUAUCUUCUCCAACCAAGGUAACUGUCAAAUACUCUGACCCUAACACUGCUACAGGGCUUGGAGAGAUGCACAGUAACAUCAUUACUUCCACCACAAGGAGUGAGCUGAUCUCGGUUGAACCCAACUUGCCUGAGAAAAUCACCAUUCUGUCAUCUGGAGUUUCAUCUUCAUCGGAAGACACGCUCAGACUGGAAUCUGGAAAAAUACACGUCAUUACAUCAAAUAUACAAGCAACCCCAGAAUCGCUGCAUGCAAAGCUACUAACUGCUGUCCAAGUCCAACCAGCUGGAGGCCUUCCCCUACAAUCAGAGGCUAACGAAUCGGCAUCGUGGACCGUCGAAGACUCACAAGGCAGCAAGAGAACAGUCAUUGAGAGGCAUGUAGUUAGGGAAACAUCAAGUGAAAGAAGUGAAGGCAAAGAAACAAUUGUCAUAACUAAACAAAUUACACAUAGGUUUGACUCUUCUGAGCCCAUCUCAGGCGACACAGCGUCAUCCAUUCAACGACUGAGAGACUCUGUGCACUCUGAGAAAAUGAAGUUCUUUGAUGGAGCUAAAAAGUGAAAUAACUUGAUGUAAAUUAUGUCUAAAGAUACAAUCCCUCAGUGGCCUGUGGGUUCCCAAUUUCACUGUGCAUAAUUUGUGUGAUAGACAAUAGGUUAGCAACUGGAAAAGAUCAUUAGCGAGUAUAACUUACCAAUCAGAGAGGGUUUGAGAGAGCUGGUUUUAACAGGUGCUAACUUCAAUCCCUGGUUGCAUGUUGUUGACCUGUAAAAAGAUGGUUUAAUGUAUUUCACACUGUGAUUAAGUUAUUAAUAAGCUAUGUAACUGAGUGCCCUUAAUACAACUUGUGACAGGGCGUCACCAAAUAUCUUUUGCUUAUUAUGGUGCAGAACUACAUUAAGCCAUGAUGUGUUUUGCUUAUCAAAAACUUAUAAAGAAAAUCUUUGUUGUUUGAUAGUUUUUAAUGCACAAGACUGAUCCAACUCACUUGUGCUCUUAAUUGCCGGAUGAUAAUCACCAGUACAUUUGAUUUAAAAAAAAAAAGGACUGUUGCAAAAAUCUAUCAAUGUUACUGACAUUCCAAAAUAUGUUUACAAUAAUUUCACUGUAAAGUUGACAAUAGAGAACAUCUACAAUUACACUAGUGCAGUAUAUGAUGGAAUAUAUGUACAUGUAUCACUAAGAUAUUCUUAUUGCUGUGAGCUAAAAUGUAAAGAAAUGGUAGCAAUGCAAAGCUUAUGAUCACACACAGCGAGUGUACUGCUGCAACUAUAUUUUUUAUUGAUAUUUUGCUUAAAACCUAAUUUGCUGCAGUAAAAAUAUAUCAAUAGUAUGUUUCAAUAUUAUUGUACAAAGUGGGAAUAUUAAAGUGGCUGUGUAAAUAGCUUUUAAUGAUCACUGCUCCUCUUUCAAAUCUGACUCAACCUGUUUGCAAAGUUAUAUACAAUAAAUAAAUAUUAUUAUAUGCAAAA